GAUGCCUCCUCCAGGCCUAGAAUCGUGGGGUCUUUUCGAAGGAUGCCAAUGUACGGUGUACCCCAUGCAAGAGACAGGAAACAUGUAGCUGUCUUUUUUCAGGUAUUGCUCAGGACCGCCAUGCAUUUCUUUUACCUGGCAGGCUUUCCCCACCCCACAAUCUCGGCAGCUUUUGCUUACUCCGCAGAUGCAAACAGGUAAUAAAAACAGAGGAUGGCCAGGACUACAUGUUCGAUAUUCUUUAUUGUGCACAGCCAAGCCCAGCUGCGAACAUGUCCUGGUAGAAGCGAGACUUUCAAUUGCCGAGCUAGAAGCAAUAACAUGACUAUCUGCUCUAACUCUUUCGGAGAUUUCUUUCAAUAUGAUCUUGACAGGACUGGAGGUACAUCAGUCCAGCGGACGCCUCUUUAUAUCUUGUUGAAUCGCAGAGGCUACUUCCGCUCACACCGAGAACUUGAGCAUAGAGAAAGAUGCGAGCGGAGGGGGAAGACAUGCCUUUAAUUUUGGCCUGUUGUGGCAGCUCAUGACCCAAAUCACGAAUUGAAUCAAAGCUUUUGAGUC